CAGCUUUCUGCUAGCUAGACGGAUUGCGUCAGUAUGGUUUAGAGGUUAAAAGUUAAUAUUUUUCAAACUUUCAAAACAUGUUCAAUAUUUGAGUUAUAUUUUAGUGAAUUUGUAUUAAGGUGUAACAUGACUAAUAACACCAACGGAAACCAUCAGGUCACCUCUAAUUUAGCUGGGUCGGAGUCAUCGUCACUUAUAGAAGAAUCCAUCAAGUCUCCUCAAUCUACAGACAUGAAACUCAGCAAUAAUUGUUGGAAAAGUAACAGAAAGUUACAGGUCGACAUCUUUGCCUGUAUGUUUGGUAUCAGCGCAUGGGUGUCAAUCAAUGGAAUGUUCACUCAACUUCCAAUCCUAGUGCAGACAGCACCUGAGGGCUGGUCCCUUCCCUCCUACCUCUCUUUGAUCAUCCAAUUCGGCAACAUCGGUCCAGUUCUGUACAGUCUGUCUUUAAAGCUCUGCCCACAACGGAUCUCCGAUAGUAAGCUGAUAUACUUCACCCUCUUCAUGGGUUGUGCCUCGCUCAUGUCAUUGGGGCUGUUUUACGAUCAAAUCUGGGUCGUGUUUGAUGAACGUCACAGCAUGGUAUUGUUCAUAAACACAUUUUUCCUCGCCAUAGUCGGUUGUAUAAGUUCAACACUGUACAUGCCGUUCAUGAACAACUAUCCAGAGGUGUACUUGGUUUCCUAUGUAGUCGGAGAAGGUCUCAGCGGAUUUGUACCAAGUAUCAUCGGCCUGGUACAAGGAGUUGGUGGCAAUCCUACCUGUGUAAACUCUACGUCACCGAGUGGAGAGGUGAACCUAGUUCCGUACACUCCACCCCCAAAUUUCUCCCCGGGAGUGUUUAUUUUCAUUUUAUUCUCCAUGAUGGUUGCCGCUAUGGUCUCUUUCUUUAUGCUGAACAAUCUGUCCUCCUGUAAAGCGGAGAAAGUUCAAGAUCCAGUCAAGAGGGAUUCUAUCGUAUCUCCGGUUACUCCUGUUGAAAUGUUUAUGGAGCCUAACACUUUUACCUCCCCAAAGCCUCCUGAUCAAGUGAUCACGCCGCCCAUGUUCAAAAUGUACCUUGUCUUAACAACUAUUGUCUCUAUGGUGGCCAAUGGGGCUUUACCUAGUGCUCAGUCUUACUCGUGUUUACCUUAUGGUAGUCUCGCGUAUCAUCUCGCUGUCAACCUAGGAAACAUGGCCAACCCCAUCGCAGCGUUCCUCGCUGACCGAGCGCCUCACACAGACCUCUCCUGGGUCAUUUCUCUUUUCUCCUUGUCUGGGAUCAGCAUAGUGUUUUCUCUAAUGACAGCCGCCAUGAGUCCAAACCCUCCUCUGCAGCAUUCCGGCUGGGGGACAUUUAUUAUCGUGGUCUGCUGGGUGAUGAACUCUAGUCUCAUCUCGUAUGUCAAGAUGUCUAUCGCCACAGUGUGUCGGAGAUCAGGAGGUCGCAGUUUGUACUUUUACGGUAUGUCAACACAAGCCGGAGCCUUUAUUGGGUCAUCAAUUAUGUUCUACCUCAUCACCUCAAAACAAAUAUUUACAAGCUACAACCCAUGCAGCUAACAAAGUGGAACGGCUGCUUAGUGAGUUUGAAUGGUGCUGGAUUCACCAUUUUGUGAUAAAAUCAGGUCCAGCUUACAGUAGUAGAUUCCUUCUGAACUUUUUUUGUCGUCAUGCUCAAUUUAAUUUGGAUGAAGAAUUGUUAGUUGGCUAUAAAUUAAUGAUCAAUGAUUAAUGUGUAGAUAAACAAAUCUGUUGAGAGAAUUUAGGAGUUUUUCUAUCUAUAAAAUCUUAAACUAAAUCCUAACAAAAGCUUUAAUUUAUACCAAUUUAAUUAUUCACAAAUGGACAUUUAAAAAUGUAACGAAAAGAAGUGGGCAGUUGUCCCUAAGCAUUGGGUAUAAUAGAAUUUAUUUUUUAAGACCAAACUAGACACUCGUCUCAACUAGCUGUAGCCAAUGUUUUGUUUUAGUGAUUAGUUUAAUCAGCAUCUUACAGUGUGAGUAGGAGUCUAAAUUAUAUUUACUCCUUUAAUUAUUUUUCGAACCUUGAAUGUUGAAUUUCCAUCAAAGCAGGGUGUCAUGGUGCCGGAACAAGUGGAAUUUGAAUAAAAAGGCUGCCCUAUACCUCAGCUCUGUGCCAGGUGCACCGUUCCGACACUGCAAAAAUUGCCAUGACACCAUUGCAUAAAAGAUUCGUUAGUUUAUAAUAUGUUGUCUUUUGAGUUUUGCUCGGUUAACAAGUCGGUAUUCAACAGAAAUCACUAUAUUAGACAGCAGCCCACUCUGCUGGAGCAAUGUCAAUAAUAAUUUAAAGGUUGGCCACAUCUUUGACAUUGAAUAAGAAUUGUAUACGUCCAUUACUUAAAUUGAGCAUAGUGUCAGGUCAAGUUCUUAAACAAGGUAUAUCCGUGGACCUGUUUAGUGUUAUAAAUACUUACAUAGUUCCAGUAGUAGUUUUAGUUAACAUAGAAAAUGUUCAAUAGUAGUAGUUAAUAACAGAUAUAUUUUGGUAACUGAUUGUCAGUUCUAAACAGGAAAUCAUUUUGGCAAGCAAGGAAAGAAUAAUAAAAAAUGGGUGAGGUUCAUAAGGUCCAAAUUUCACAAAGUCCAAUGGUUAAAAUAUUAAUAAACAGAGCGUUUCACAAGGUCCAAUGACUAAGAUAUUAAUAAACAGAGCGUUUCACAAGGUCAAAAUUUCACAAAGUCCAACGCUAAAAUAUCAAAUGAACAGAGCAUUUCACAAGCAUAAGGUCCAAAACUAUGACAUUCAAAUAAUCAUCGUUUUACAAUGUCCAAAUUUCACAA